AGUCUGACACAGACAGAGUCAGCCAGGUAUGUAACUGUUCUUUCAGGUUCUUCCAACACCGCUCAUUAUAUUUAAACUUGAACCUCAAAUCAACCCUUGCUAAACCAGCAGGACUAAUUGGUAAUAAUCAGCACUCUGGGCCCAGCAGGCGAGCUUGUUUAUGAUCAGUGUGGAGGAAAUACCUGCUGUGUGGGAGGGGCUAGUCAGGUGAAGUGUUUGAGAACGCACACACAAGAAGAAAUCUCUCGUCUUCUCAACAGCUCUUAAAUGCUGCACAAGUCCGAGGGGAAACAGAAGAGCUCUGGUGGGAUCAACAUGAAUUACGAGGAUGAACGCUCUCACGAGUGGGUGGACAGUCUUGGCAAUACCAGGGGCAAUGGCUUCCCUCAGACAGAGACAGACACGAAUAGUUUUGGAGACUACAAGCACCAUGCAUGUUUGGGGGAUAGCAUCGACACCUUGGACCAUUCGGUUGUGGAAACUACUCACCUCUUCCCACUGUUGGAGACCAAAUUGUACAAACGGAGAUGGGUGAUGUUGUUUGUCUUUAGCUUGUACUCCAUGAGUAAUGCUUUCAUGUGGCUGCAAUACGGCAUCAUCAGCAAUAUCUUCAUGCACUUCUACGGCAUUGACUCCUUGGCCAUUGACUGGCUGUCCUUGAUCUACUGCCUCUCCUACAUCCCUCUCAUUGGGCCGGUCAUGUGGCUGCUCGACAAUCGGGGCCUCAGAGAAGUCGUGGUGGUGGGAUCCGCGUUCAACUGCAUCGGGGCCUGGAUUAAGACGGGAACAGCUGACCCCAACAUGUUCGCCAUGACCUUCUUUGGGCAGUUUGUGUGUUCAGUGGGCACAGUUUACAUCCUGGGCAUCCCGUCCAAGCUUGCAUCCCUGUGGUUCGGGCAGCAGGAGGUAUCCACUGCCUGCUCCAUUGGCGUUCUGGGAAACCAGUUGGGUAUUGCCAUCGGAUUCCUGGUCCCUCCCAUCCUUGUGCCUAACGUGGACGACGUGAAUGAGCUGGCGUAUCACAUCAGACUCAUGUUCUACAUCAGCGCAGGUGUGGCCACCGCCAUCUUCAUCCUCGUGGCCAUUGUGUUUCAGGAGAAACCUGAGAUCCCUCCGACCCAGGCCCAGGCUCAGGCCAGGAACAGCCGCCCCGAGGAGUACUCCUACAUGGCCUCCAUCAAGAGGCUCCUGUGCAACAAGCCCUUCAUGCUGCUUGUGAUCAGCUACGGGCUCAACGUUGGCUGCUUUUAUGCUCUUUCCACACUCUUGAACCGGAUGAUAAUUGAGCACUACCCGGGUCAAGAGGUGAAUGCUGGGAGAAUCGGUCUGACCAUCGUCAUUGCUGGGAUGGGAGGGUCCCUCAUAUGUGGCAUUUGGCUGGACAAGACCAAAACUUACAAACAGACCACCCUGGUCGUUUACGUCCUUACUCUGGCCGGGAUGCUGGUUUACUCCUUCACCCUCAACCUCGGUCACCUGUGGGUGGUGUUCGUCACCGCUGGAGCUUUAGGCUUCUUUAUGACGGGAUAUCUACCUCUGGGCUUUGAGUUUGCAGUCGAGCUCACCUACCCAGAAUCUGAGGGAACCUCAUCUGGACUGCUGAACUGUUCGGCUCAGAUCUUUGGUAUCAUUUUCACCAUAAGUCAAGGAAAGAUUAUUGAUAAAUGGGGAACUUUACCUGGAAACAUCUUCCUGUGCAUCUUUCUGCUAAUAGGGACAGUAAUGACAGGAUUAAUCAAAUCUGACCUCCGGCGGCAGAAGGCCAACCAGCAGGCUGAGAUCAAGACAGUGAGCAAAAUGACAGCUGACAUGGAAGUGGGCGUUUCUCCACCUGAAAUCUUGAAGGACAGGAAGUUGUAAGAAGGGCUGAAGUCUCCUUUGUAAAAAAGAAGAGAAAAAGAAACACUGUACAGAACAGAGAAAACGAUAUUUCUAAAGCAUCAAUGUGCAGAAAUGAGCACAAAUGACUACAAAGUUCAAAGCUGCUCUCAACAGUUCAAACAUGGAGCUUUAGUCAUCACACUGAACUGUCCUCUGUGACCAUUUUAAUAAGUAAACAUUAACAGACCUGCUGUCAUCUGAUAUCACCAUCUGACGUACUGUUUGGACUCCAAGCUGCAGAAAUUCACAAUGGUUUGGUUUUCUAAGGUGCAACUUUCACACAAACCAUUGUGAAGAUCAGAAAUGCACUUGGAAACCUGUUGGAUAAACCUUUUUUUUUUAACUACAGUCCAAUUUUAUAUUUGUUGUAAGUGCAAUGUGACUUCUAUUUUACUGACUCCUAGAUACUAGUUUUUAACUAAAUUCAAAGUUAUAGAAUUGCUUCUUUAGAUUUUGCCAUCCUUUCUUAUCAACGUUAAUGUGUCAUAUGCAUCUAAUGAGCAAUAUUUAAAUUGUAUUUCUUAAUAUUGUACCAAUAUUGUGCGUAAUUAACUGAAGUCUUUACAUUGCUGAAGGUAUUUCAUUUGAGUGUUCUGAUUUUUAGAAUAUGCAUAUGAAAUGCAGACUUAGAGCUGUGAGGCGUUUCCCUGUCGUGGCAGUUCAGGUCUUCACCUUUCUGCCACCCAGGAUCCUCGAGAAGUAUUACUUCUGAAUCCUGCUGAUUAUAAAUAUGAUUGAUGCUGUGCAUCUGAGUAGUUUUAUCCUAAUUUUAUACAAGUGGCCUCUAGAAGAAGACAUCUGGAGUUAAACAUCUGGAACACAAAGAAUGUGAGCUCAGCACAGAAUCUGGUGGAAGGAUAGCGCAAAUCAAAUCUAUCGUCAUUUUGCACACAAAACAGUUUUUAUGUACUCUUUUUUUUUGUUGUGAAUUUGUUACCGAGAAAUGUUGUUUAGUAUGUGUAAACUUUUUUUUUCAUGAACUUGUUUAACCUGAUCUGUUGUGGCAGUUUACAUACAUAAUUACAAUUGUUCUGUGAUUGUGAAAAGUCCUACUUUAUCCAUUCAGUAGCAUCGUAGGAUAUUGGACCGAGCAUUGAACAGAAUUUACGACAAUCGUACAGUGUUUGCCACUUUGUAUGUGCCAACUGAGUCUGAUAAUAAAUAUUUUUAGAUUG